AUGGCCGCCGUGCCCGAUACCAGGCACACCAAGACCGACCAGGAGUUGGCGAUCAACAUCAAGAAGGCUACGAACCCCGACGAGACGGCGCCGAAGCGAAAACAUGUUCGCAGUUGUAUCGUUUACACCUGGGACCACCGGUCCUCCCAGGCCUUCUGGGCCGGGAUGAAGGUCCAGCCCAUUCUCGCCGAUGAGGUGCAGACGUUCAAAGCCCUUAUUACCGUCCACAAAGUCCUCCAGGAAGGACAUCCGAACACACUGAGGGAGGCCAUGGCACAAAGGGGCUGGAUCGACAGCUUGAACCGCGGCAUGGGCGGAGAAGGAGUUCGAGGAUACAGCCCCCUGAUCCGAGAAUACGUCUACUACCUCCUGGCGAAGCUCUCUUUUCACCAGCAACAUCCCGAGUUCAAUGGCACAUUCGAAUACGAGGAGUAUCUGAGCUUGAAGGCCAUCAACGAUCCCAACGAGGGCUACGAGACGAUCACCGAUUUGAUGACACUGCAAGAUAAGAUCGAGCAGUUCCAGAAGUUGAUCUUCUCACACUUCCGUCACGUUGGCAACAACGAGUGUCGGAUUUCUUCCUUGGUGCCUCUGGUGCAAGAGAGUUACGGUAUUUAUAAGUUCAUCACUAGCAUGUUGCGCGCCAUGCACUCAACAACCGGUGAUGGCGAGGCGCUCUCGCCCCUGCGUGAGAGAUACGACGCGCAGCACUACCGUCUUGUCAAAUUCUACUACGAGUGUUCGAACCUGCGCUAUUUGACCAGCUUGAUCACGAUUCCAAAGCUGCCGCAAGAUCCUCCCAAUCUCUUGGCGGAAGACGACGAAGCGCCUGCGCUGCCGGCCCGGCCCAAGCAGGAAAUUGAGAGACGUCCGACCCCACCUCCUGAGCCAAAAUCCCAGGAGCCCGACGACAUCUCCGAGUUCUGGAAGAAUGAGCUGGAGCGUCAGAAUCGGGAGUACGAAGAGCAACAGAGGGUGCUUGAGGAGCAGCAGCGGAACCAGAUGAUGAUGCAGCAGCAGGCGCAGGAGCAGGCGCAACGGGAGUUCGAGGAGCAGCAGCGAAGACUGGCGGAGCAGCAGCGACUUGAACAGGAGGCCUUGAUGCAACAGCAGAUGCAAUACCAGACUCAAGGUCGACUUGCGGAACUGGAGCAAGAGAACUUCAACGCGAGAGCUCAGUACGAGCGAGAUCAGCUUAUGCUCCAGCAAUACGACCAGAGAGUGAAGGCGUUGGAGGGGGAGCUAUCCCAGAUUCAGGGACACUUUGGCCAACAAAUCACGAGCAAAGACGACCAGAUCAGAGCGCUCCAGGAACAGGUCAACACGUGGCGCACGAAGUACGAGGCUCUCGCGAAACUUUACUCUCAGCUCCGCCAUGAGCACCUGGAUUUACUACAGAAGUUCAAGUCUGUGCAACUCAAGGCUGCCUCUGCCCAGGAAGCCAUUGAGCGUCGUGAGAAAUUGGAGCGCGAAAUCAAGACGAAAAACCUCGAGCUUGCGGACAUGAUUAGAGAAAGAGACCGCGCACUUCACGACAAGGAUCGUCUCUCGGGGGCAAACAGGGACGAGGUUGAGAAGCUCAAGCGGGAGCUGCGCAUGGCCCUGGACCGUGCCGAUAACGUUGAGAGGAGCAAAGGCAACGAGCUCUCGACGAUGCUGUCCAAGUACAACCGUGAGAUGGCCGACCUCGAGGAGGCUCUGCGGCUCAAGUCUCGAGCUCUGGAGGAUGCGCAGUCGAAACUCAGGGACGGCAGCUCAGAUCUGGAGCAGCUUCUCCGCGACAAGGAAGAGGAGUUGGAGGUGUACAAGGCCGGCAUGGACCAGACUCUUAUUGAGCUCAACGAACUUAAGCUGAACCAGGGUGACACUGAUACCGUUAUCGACGGACAAAUUGACGCCUUGAUCAUGGCCAACUUGGACAAGAUCAACGACGUCAUCGACUCAGUACUGCAAUCAGGUGUGCAGAGAGUGGAUGACGCCCUCUACGAGCUGGACUCUACGAUGCAGGCGGGAAAUCAGAACGCCUCGCCAUCAUACGUCCUAUCUCAGAUUGAGAAGGCCUCAUCCAGCGCAAUGGAGUUUGCUACCGCUUUCAACAACUUCAUUGCUGACGGGCCCAACGCCACGCAUGCCGAGCUCAUCAAGGCCAUUAACGUUUUUGCGGGCGCCAUUGCCGAUGUCUGCAGCAACGCAAAGGGUAUCACUCGCCUGGCAACGGACGAGAAGAAGAGUGAUGCCCUAAUGAAUGGCACCCGGCAGUCCGCCGCGUCUACCGUCAAGUUCUUCCGCGGCCUUCAGAGCUUCCGCCUGGAGGGCAUGGACCCGAUCCAGAAGACCGACGUCGUCAUCAACAGCAACAACGACGUGCAGAUGAAUCUGCAGAAGCUCAACAAGCUCGUCGAGACGUUCGCCCCGAACACGGGCAAGCUCGCAGGCAAGGGUGACCUGGGCGACAUUGUCGACCAGGAGCUCAGCAAGGCUGCCGACGCUAUUGCUGCUGCGGCUGCUCGUCUGGCCAAGCUCAAGAACAAGCCGCGUGACGGCUAUUCGACUUACGAGCUCAAGGUGCACGAUGGUAUCUUGGAUGCGGCCAUGGCCAUCACCAACGCUAUCGCACAGCUAAUCAAGGCUGCCACGGUGACACAACAGGAGAUCGUGCAGGCAGGCCGCGGGUCGUCUUCGAGAACCGCCUUCUACAAGAAGAACAACAGGUGGACCGAGGGUCUCAUCUCCGCUGCCAAGGCUGUCGCUUCAUCGACCAACACCUUGAUCGAGACCGCAGACGGCGUCUUGUCGAACCGCAACAGUCCCGAGCAACUCAUUGUGGCCUCUAAUAACGUGGCGGCAUCGACUGCCCAGCUUGUCGCCGCCAGUAGAGUUAAGGCUGGCUUUAUGUCCAAGAGUCAGGAGAAUCUCGAGCAAGCCAGCAAGGCUGUCGGUGCCGCCUGCAGGGCGCUCGUACGCCAGGUGCAGAACAUGAUCAAGGACCGUAACUCGGAAGACGAGACGGUCGACUACUCUAAGCUCGGAGCCCACGAGUUCAAGGUCCGGGAAAUGGAGCAACAGGUCGAGAUCCUGCAGCUGGAGAACGCCCUCUCGUCCGCAAGACACAGACUCGGAGAGAUGCGCAAGAUCUCUUACCAGGAGGAAUAA